AUGCUUUAUCCCCAGCCUGAACUUGAUAUCCUGAAGAAAGAUCAGGAAAAAGACACGGAAACCAAUGGUGAAACCAAGAACCCCAAGUUUGAGAUAUCACCGUUCAAGGUAACAAGUAGCAUUCAGGGUGAUUUCAAUGAUCCAAUAAUGUUGUUGAAUAAAACACCUAAGCACAAGGGUCUCAAAAGGCGCCCUGCUGCCUUUCAACAAAAUCUUCCCCCAGAAGUUAGGGAUGACCCUAUGCGCAACAAUCUGAGCCCUAUUAAACUGCCUCAGAGAGAACCACCACUACCUCAACCUGCAAAACAAGAUACGCCAGAAAAGAGUCCGCCGAAAGAAUCGAAAGAUGCCCAUUCAAUUCCUGUGGACGAACCCAAGAGAAGUCCUCCUCCAUUAACUGAUCUGAUCAGCAUCGAUGAUGAUAUCAGCAGCCGAGACACAGACUUCGAAUAUGAGGAAUAUCCAACAAUGGAUAAAACUGCCAAAGAAUUCAACAAUGAAACACCGGUUAGAGCUACAAAACUAACAAGUUUCGACGGAAUUGUUCGACCUAAGAAGACGCCUGAAGUUACUGCUAAAACACAAAGUUUGAGUGCCGAAAGUCCGCCACAAAACGAUUUCAUACUACACACUCCCUUGAGAGCAAGAGUUAGGACUUUUCAGAGUAUGUCUAAUUAUGAAGGAGUCGAUGAGUCAAGUGAGAAUCAACAGAGACCCAAACGAUCUAGAACUUCCUCAAACACGCUCAACAGUGGAUUGAAUACCGUGAAAGCGAACAGAGGUUCUGAUUCUACGCAAAAGGAAUAUCUAAAUGGUCAAUUUUCUGAAUACGAUGUCUCCGAUACAAUCUCCAAGGCUCGGAGCUUCAUUCACUCCAAGAAGUUGGAGAAGACUCGCUUAGGAAGACCAUCCCGUAGAGUUAUUCCAAACAAUACGUUUUUGAGCGAGAAGGCAACUGAUGAUACAUAUGUGAGCAUGAAUAGUAGAAUGUUGGAGUUUGAUAGCUCAUCCAACAACCAGAAUGGUGAGGGAGAGUUGUUAAGUGGCUUGGAUGACGAGAGGGCGUUGAAUAAGCAAAACUUGGAAUCUCUUGACGAAUCAACUAGAGCGAAACAAUUGGACACCUGGGGUCUUGAAAAAUGGAGAAAACUGGCAGGGGUUUUAAAACUAUACGGGGUUACAAAGAAUGAGGAGCUACUUGAUCCAAAAUUCAUUCAAUCCGAACUUGGCUGUGAACCUAACGAGUUGGUCGCUCGAUCAAUUAUUUUGGUCAAGUGGAAAGAGCUGAAGUCAUUGAGGAAAAUGCAGAGGUCAAGUAAUAAGGAGAGGAGUAAAUGA